AUGGCCGCCUCCGGCAGCAAGCAGGUGACCGUGUCUGCCAAGAAGAUCCGGGUGGCCAUCAACGGCUUCGGCCGCAUCGGCCGCCAGUUCCUGCGCUGCGUGGAGGGCCGCGGCGACGCCUCCAACCUGGAGGUUGUGGCCGUGAACGACUCUGGUGGUGUCAAGCAGGCCUCUCACCUGCUCAAGUACGACUCCACCAUGGGCACCUUCAACGCUGAUGUCAAGAUUGUGAGCGAGGACUCCUUCUCCAUCAACGGCAAGGUGAUCAAGGUGGUGUCGUCCCGCGACCCCACCAAGCUGCCCUGGGCCGACAUGAAGGUCGACCUGGUCAUCGAGGGCACCGGCGUGUUCAUCGACGAGGCCGGCGCGGGCAAGCACAUCGAGGCGGGAGCCAAGAAGGUGCUGAUCACCGCCCCCGCCAAGGGCAGCGGCAUCCCCACCUACGUGGUGGGCGUGAACGCCGACGACUACAAGCACAGCGACACCAUCAUCUCCAACGCCUCCUGCACCACCAACUGCCUGGCGCCCUUUGUCAAGGUGCUGGACGAGAAGUUUGGCAUCGUCAAGGGCACCAUGACCACCACCCACUCCUACACGGGCGACCAGCGCCUGCUGGACGCGUCGCACCGCGACCUGCGCCGCGCGCGCGCCGCCGCGCUCAACAUUGUGCCCACCACUACCGGCGCCGCCAAGGCCGUCGCGCUGGUGCUGCCCAAGCUCAAGGGCAAGCUCAACGGCGUGGCGCUGCGCGUGCCCACCCCCACCGUGUCUGUGGUGGACCUGGUGGUCCAGGUGGAGAAGAAGACGUUUGCCGAGGAGGUGAACGAGGCCUUCCGGGAGGCGGCCAACGGCCCGCUCAAGGGCAUCCUGGGCUGGGGCUACUCCCAGCGCGUCGUCGACCUGGCAGAGGUGACCGCCGCCAACUGGGAGUGA